CGACCCCGGCUAGAAGUGGAAGAGAGAACGAUAUGAGGCACGACCGUGUUCAUUCAAAUCUGACAUGUCACGAUGAUGGCAGAUGUCGACGGAUGCGAAACAAGUGUGUCCAUGAUCAGAACAACCCAUACUGUCGAAGCUGCAGACUGGCUGGAGUAGAUCCAAAGGACUGGUACGCACUCCUCCAAGCUAUAGGCUUCUGCAUAUGGGGGGAAUGGGAUGUUAAUUGGGAAAUAGUGUCUAUCCUGUACGCGGUGAACCCGACAUUGAUCGGCAAUUUCGACACGCACGCGUCCGGGAUCCUAAGAUCAAGGCUUCUAAUCGGCGACAGCAAAGGCGACACCAGCAACACUUCGAGGACUCACAUCACAAAUGCGGAGCUAGCUGACACAUGUGAGCUUCCACCGACGGAAGAACUUGUCGAGGCUGUGGGCUGCUUCUGUAAACAUUCGUUUCAACUCAGUUUUAUACCUAGAGACGAGUUUUGCAGCAAAUUACGCGACAAUCCUGAGUCUAUCAACUCAUUUCUCUCUCCUUAUGAGUAUUCUCACCGUAUCUACCAGACUAAGUCCACUAGCAGU